AUGCGGGCCAGAGCAGCCUCCGACCAACUAUUUCCCAAUUUAUAUACUCGAGUGAAUUGCUCCCCCCUCUCUCUCCCUCUCUCUCUCCUCUCUCCCGUUCAAAGUCGUCGUCUUGCUCUCGAGCUGUUUGAUUCGAUUCUUAUCAAUCCACCAUCCUCCGUAGCUGCAGGUCCGAUCGUGGCGGUUAUGCCAUCGGCAGCGCUGGCUGCCACGCCGGACUCUGCGUCGCCGUCUCUGCACCACUACCGCGGCCGGUUGCGCUCGCCGCUGGCAAACGGCGGCACCAAGGGGAACUUCGAGCUCCGGCACUGGCGCACGCCGCUCAAGCGGGCGCCGUCGUGCCCACCGCCGGGCAUCGAGAUCCCCAGCAACGACGACGAUGGCAGCGGGAACGGGUACACCAGCCUCCGGGACAUCCUAGCGUCACCGCGGUACGUGGGGGCGGGGAGCUCGCCGGCGGCCUGCGUCAUCGGUGGCGCCGGCAGCUGUGGGGACAUACACAUGAUACGCCACCCGCUGGUAAAACACGCGGCGUACGCGUACCUGCAGAUGACGCCGUCGGCUAGGGAGGACCCAACCCGCCGGAACCGGCGCUGGCGCGGCCCACUCUGCCGCCUCCUGUUCGGCUGCCUCAGCUUCAUCGGAGCACUCUUCCGGCCGUGA